UGUACAAAUUAAUAUAUGCAGCUGUCCAAGGAGAUCAUUUUACUGCCAUCAAUAUGGGUUUUGAGAACUCUGCUGGCCCCCAAAAGCAUCAAGCAGUGGCAUUAAGAGUUCAAGCUGACAAAACCAUCUUCUUCAAUUGCUCAAUGGAUGGGUACCAAGAUACACUUUAUGCCCACACCAUGCGUCAAUUCUAUCGGGAUUGCACCAUUUCGGGUACCAUCGACUUUGUCUUUGGUAAUGCGCUAGCCGUUUUUCAGAAUUGCACUUUCGUGGUCCGAAAGCCAUUGGAAAACCAACAAUGCAUUGUAACUGCACAAGGCAGGAAAGAAAGGCAACAACCAUCAGGAAUACUCAUUCAAGGGGGUUCCAUUGUGUCUGACCCUGAGUUCUACCCUGUGAGGUUUGACAACAAGGCUUACCUAGCUCGUCCAUGGAAGAAUUACCUAAGAACUAUUAUCAUGGGCAGCUAUAUUGAUGAUUUGAUUCAUCCUGAUGGCUAUCUGCCAUGGCAAGGAUUAGAAGGCCCAUCAGGCAUGGACACUUGCUUCUAUUCUGAGUAUCAUAAUGUAGGUUCGGGUUCAGAUAAAUCAAAGCUUGUAAAUUGGGCUGGAAUUUGGAAUCUCAGUUCAAAAGCUGCACAUUUGUUCUCCCCAUCCAAAUUUUUCCAUGGAGAUGACUAGAUUGAGGCUACUGGGAUCCCUUACUUCUCUGACAUUCCCAAGCACUAGAGGCACAAGAAAACAUUACUUAAUUGGUGAUAAUGACCACUUUCAUAUUCUUUAUGUUCUAGAGAGAUGCAAAGACUUGCAGUAGUUGACGUAUCUGAAAUUCCCUUUUUGUAUA